GGGUGUGAGAGAGGCCUUGGGACACAGGCUGGUGAACGCGGCGCUGCAGGAGGAGCUGAAGCAGAUCCACGCCUUCUCCAUGAAGACACUCACGCCUGACCAGUGGGAGCAGCAGCAGCAGCAGCAGUAACGGUACAGCAGCGGGCGUGACACAAGGCAGCAGUAGAGUGACAACAGUAACAACUCAGCAUCACCACUAACACCACUAACGGUCACACCAUCACCCAGCAGCAGCAGCAACAGCAGCGUCCGUGCAGCAGUAACCAAUACUACGUGCAGCAGGUGAGUGCGGGCAGCAGGCGGCGAUGGCUGCGGUGAGUGUGAGCGCCCCGGGCAAGGUGAUUCUGCACGGCGAGCACUCCGUGGUGUACGGGCGGCGCGCUGUGGCCCUCAGCCUGGACCUGCGCACCACGCUCACCCUCACGCCGGGUGGCGCGCGCCUCGUGCUGGACCUGCCCGAGGUGGACAUACAGCAGGCGUGGCCAAUGGGGGAGGUAGAGGCGCUGUGGGAGAGGCUAGGGCAACCCGGCGAGGCGUGCGCGGCUCCCCUCACCGAGGCACAGGUGGGGCAGGUGCGGGAUUUUCUGGGGCUGCCCGAGGAUCCCCCAGGGGGCCCCCGUGGCCUGGCCCUACUGUCCUUCUUUCAGCUGUACCUGGCCAUCCUGCCCCGCCCCGUGCCCGCCACCCUCAGGGUCACCAGCCAGCUGCCUACCGGGGCGGGCCUCGGCAGCUCCGCCGCCUACGCUGUGUGUCUCUCCGCCGCCCUGCUGCGCCUGGCCGGGAGGGGCGCCGCCGCAGACUCGACCCCCAGUACGGAGGUGAGCGGCGGCCUCAGCCUGCAGGAGGUGAGCGGCUGGGCCUUCAGGAGCGAGCAGAUCGUGCACGGCACGCCCUCGGGCAUCGACAACUCUAUCUGCACCUACGGGGGCGCGGUGAGCUUCAAGGCGGGCUGCUGCUCCCCGCUGGGGGCGCCGCCACUGCAAGUGUUGCUGGUCAACACCCGCGUUCCCCGCAGCACCAAGGCACUGGUGGCGGCCGUGGCGGCGCGGCGCCGCAGGCUGCCUGAGGUGGUGGAACCCGUGCUGGACGCCCUGGACGCCCUGGCGGAGCGGGCGUUGCAGACCCUCGCAGACCUGUCCAGCGCCGACAGCCCCCAGCAGCAGGACGAGGCCUACGCCGCCCUGCACGAGCUGGUGGACAUCAACCACGCCCUCCUCGCCUCUCUCAGCGUCUCCCACGCCAGCCUGGAGCGCCUGGUGGGCGUGGCCGCCUCCUACGGCCUGCACGCCAAGCUGACGGGGGCGGGCGGCGGCGGCCUGGGCGUGGUGGUACUGGGGCGCGACACUGCCCCCGAGGCUGUGGACAAGUGCCGGAGCGAGCUGGAGGCCCAGGGGUACCAGGUGUGGCAGACCAUCCUGGGGGCGCCGGGCCUCACCUUUCACUAGGCGCCUCGCCACCUGAACCGCCUGAACCUACCCCAACUCCUCCUCACGUGCCACCCUGCCACCCUCCUUCCGCCAGCUGCGGCACCCCUGAGAUCAGUCAUAAGGAUGGUGUUUGCCUCUGCUGGAUUCAGUGAUUGUGUUGAGCCUAGCAACCCGUUUUGCUACACACACACACACACACACACACACACACACACACACACACACACACACACACACACACACACACACACACACACACACACUUCACUAUUGUUUAUCAUCCUUCAACACAUUCUCAAACUCAUAAACAAACAAACGUGGCGCUAAGUAUCGCCAUUCCAUUUAUUUUGUGAUAGUUUUCUUUUCAUUUCAUCCUCCGUCAGUUUGCGCCUCCCAAUAAUGAAAUGUUAAAAGCAGUUGAUAAUUCUCAGCGCGUCACUUGUGUGUUGCCUUACCUUGCUGCCGUGAUGUCAAGUUGAUAAUAAAGGAUUAAACCAUUA